AUUUUUCGGCUUGUUUCUGUUCAGCAUCGUUAUCAGCGUGUAAAAUUACCCCAGUGUACCCAUUUUCAUGCUGGUAUCACAAUUUGCACAAUUCAUGUUCUAACAGCCCAGACUAGCAGCUUGCACUAUGGAGGAGAGAGGGAACAUUUCACCAACAUGAAGAAAUUGUAUGCAAUUAUAACGUGUGCUCUGGUCGUUCUUACACUAAUUGGAUUUAUGUAUUUGAAUGAGUUUUCAGUGUGGUAUCACACUUCAAUAGUUGUUAAAAACCCAAAAAUUGUUUCGGCAAGCACUAAGAAAAAACACGAGGGCACGUCUACUAUGAAAGUGCAGCCAAAUGGAGUUCCAGGUGAACAAUCAAAAUGUGUUGAUGAUGGAGACAGAUACAGCCAAGUGAAGUUUUUUGUCUUGUUCAUUGGCUACUCUAGAAGUGGAAGCACUUUACUUGGUUCCCUACUUGAUGCCCAUCCAAAUGUUAUCGUUGCAAAUGAAUACGGCGUAGGAGAUAAGCUGAGUACAUUCACUGCUGCAAAAAAGAACAGGAAUUAUUUAUUCAAUCAGCUGUACAAUAACUCGCAGUGGUACGCAACGAAAAGUUAUCGAUCUUCAACUUACAGGGGGGUUUACAACUAUCACGUACCGAAACAGUGGCAAGGAAAAUACAAUUGCUCAAUACAGGUGAUCGGGGACAAAAAGGCUGUACAGAGUGUCCGAACUUUUUCAGAUGAAGAAGGUGAUCAACGGCUGAACGAGUUGGGUAGAAUCGUAAAAGUCCCCAUUAAAUUCGUACACAUCCACAGGAACCCAUUUGACACCAUAGCAACGAUGCUUUUGCAGCACAAAAAUGCGAGAAGUCAAGCUACCUCCUCACAUUUCAAGCCGCUGAACGAUCAGAAGGAGUUGCGGAGGUGCGUGAACAGAUACCUCAACAGGGUAAAGCGCCUUGAGGCAAUAAAAGCCAAGCGAGUUGAAGAUGUGGUCGAUAUUGAGUAUUCCAAGCUGGUAAAAGAACCAAAACAAAUAGCAAAGAAGCUCUGUAAAUUCUUUCAAUUAACUUGCAGCAGAAAAUACGUAAAAAGUUUCGCGAAGAAAACUUAUCACAAUGAGACAUACACAAGAAGAAAAGUCAUAUGGACCGAAGAUAUGAAAGCGCGCGUGUUUAACAAAAUGAACCUGCUUUCGCCGCAUAGAAAAUUUGUCUUUGAGGUGUCCUGAUGUAAAGUUUAGUGAAAAUUUUUAGAUUAUAUAUAGGCUCUUUCAUUCAAAUGUGGGUUUUUAUGUCCCAAAUUGUCACAGCAGCUGCUCCUUGGAACUUCGAAUGUUCUUUCCUCGUUGCUAGCUGUUUGUUGUUAUUAAUUGAUUUUUAGCAGAAAAAUGAGAAAAUUUGGGGGGAAUGCGAAAAAGUAAGAGCAAUAAGUGAACCAUCUGACUUUGGGAUGCCGUUUCGAGCUCCCAUGCCAGUCAAAGUGAAUCAAACAUCGUCAUGAGCACUAUCAACAAGCCAGGCUGAAGAAAAUUUGUAUUUCUUGUCUCAUAACAAUAUUUCACCAUCUUACACGACGCUGUGUUUUAUGCUGUUUUCCAUCUUGAUCUGUGAUGAGAAUUCGAAAAAUCAUCAUUUUAUCGAAAUACAGGGAAAAGGCUGACGAUUCCUCGUUGAAAUGAUGAAGAGCAUUCCGGGAAAAUAAUAAGUUGUCGUUGUCAUUGUCUUUCUAUGACAUUUUUCUUUAUAGCAUUACUACUUCUUGUGAAAUAAAAAUUUAAUUAUGUUUAAUAUAUAUGUAUA